AUGGCGCAGUCAAAGGCUCGGAUCAAUGGGAAUGAGCUCGAUGCUGCCUGGAUCAAAGAGGAAUGCUAUAAACAGAACGAAAAACUCAGUCAACACAUUGAAGAUUCCCCGACUCAGCAUUAUCUACUUGUUCUUGGAGAUUACCUCAAGCGUGGUCUAAAAGCAAAGCUCGAAGCCCUUGGCGUCCAAAUCCUUCAGCAUAAUGGUGACAACAUCUACUUGUGCUUUUGCAAAGACAAAGAAAGGCUGCAAGACAUCUAUGACCAAGAAAGUGUACACGGUGUCAUUCCUUGCCCCUCAGAGCUCAAGAUCGAGUCAAGCCUGCAACUAUCUGGGGAUGAAGGGAUCGAUACACGGCAGGUGCAAAUAUUCUUGCGCAGCGAAAUAGAUAUGCCAGCCGAAAAGGUUUCCGAGGAAAUCAGUACGGUGACCAGUAUUCCAACUCAGUCAAUGUCGAUUGAAGAUAACCAAUCAGUAAUCCGGAUGGAAAUAAAGCAAAUAGACUUGAUGCAAAUUGCAUCAUUCGAGAGUGUCGCCGCUAUCCGCGAGGUAGUUGACCUGGAUUACAACAUUUACACAGCGAGAGAGACCAUAGGAGUAAACAAGUUGCCCAACAACACGCAAUAUGAGGGUGAUGACCAGACAAUAACUGUUGCUGAUUUUGGAUUUGACAAAGGAAGUCUACAGGACGUGCACCCUGCAUUUGGCACACGUGUUUCAAAGCUGGUUGCUGUUAACAGGGAAGGGCAAACUAAUGACAGAAAUGGGCAUGGAACACAUGUCUGCGGCACUAUACUUGGAAACGGGCAGUGUAGGGAAGGGAAUAUAAGAGGAACUGCUCCAAACUCUAAAUUGGUUGUGCAGUCAAUAGACGACGAGCAGGGUCAAAUUAUUGCCAACAUGAAUACAUUCCUCCAGCAAUCUUACUUCACCCAUGCCUCUCGUGUGCAUAACAACUCUUGGAGCCCUCGGUGGAGAUCAGCGGUCACGAACUCAGACGGUAAAAAGGGUAUACAACCCGGACAAAAACCAUACAACUCGCAAUCAAAGGAUAUUGAUCAGUUCAUUUACGAGCACCCAGACAUGUGUGUUUGUUUUGCUGCGGGAAACUUCGGAAUGGAACCACUCCAAAGCGGCAACACAUCGUGGCCGGGCCACAUUGGUGGCGUUGCGGCAUCCAAAAACGUUAUCACAGUCGGCUCUUGUCAGAAUAGAACAAGUUCAUAUAAUGAGCUUGGAACCCAGUAUAGCCCCAGGGGAAAUGUCAGGUGGACAUUAAGCUCUAUCUCUCCAUUCAGCAGCCACGGACCAACAUUAGAAUAUCGCAGCAAGCCGGAUGUGGUAGCUCCUGGUGGAAUGGUACUGUAUGCGGCAUCACGAGAUCCUAAGGCUUUGGGAAAAGAGGGAUAUACAGAUUAUGGACCAGCGGAACUUCCGCUCUGGAGAUAUUUAUCUGGUACUAGUAUGGCUACUGGUCAAGUAGCAGGAUGCGUGGCAGUAUUACGACAGAUCUUGAUUACUGCAUGCAAGAAAGCUAAUCCAACUGCAGCUUUAAUCAAGGCCAUGUUAAUCAACGGAGCAACAUUACUUGAAGGAAAUGUUCCUCGCAGUCAGCAGGGCUUUGGUCGUGUAAGCCUUGCUGACUCAAUCAUUAUUCCUGGUAGAGAUACAAGCACAAAUCGCGAGUUUGUUGAGGGUGAGGUAUAUGAUGAAGAUGAUUCAGACGUGUAUACAGUUGUCAUCCCCUUGUCGAAGUAUCUACCGUCGGAGGAUGCCUCGAAACUAACUCUAAAGGCUACUAUGGUCUAUUCUGACCGGGGAGGAGAGGCUUUGCAACAUAUUCUUAAUCUGUGCGUGACUAUUGGGGUUGACGAUCGGUUUGGAAAUUCGACUGAACACGAUUAUCUCCUCCGAGAUGACAUCAACAAUACCGAGCAGGUUAUCUGGUCAGGGUUGAAAAAAGAAACAAGAGCUACUAUUCGUGUGAUUCUUCAAAAUGCCUUGUUGGGUAAUGGUCCAAAGCCUCUUAAGCAGUCAUUUGCACUUGUUUGGAGCGUGAUUGGAGAGACGGGUUAG